AUGAGAGGGGAGGCGAGACCAGGGGAGGCGCGACCAGGGGAGGCGCGACCAGGGCGACCAGGGGAGGCGCGACCAGGGGAGGCGCGACCAGGGCGACCAGGGGAGGCGCGACGAGGCGAGGUGCGUGGCUAUGGUGAUAGCAGUGGGCGAGAGGGGUUUAGAAGCGAGGAAGAGAGGCGUGGGAGGACGGAGUUUCGGGGAGAGAACGACAGGAGGAGGGCCGCAAGUGCUGGGGAUUACGAGGAAUGGCGUGGGAGAGAAGGGUUUCGGGAAGAGGGUUUUAACAAAGAGGGGUUAAGGCGAGAGAGAUUCGCAAGCAGUGAAGGCCGGGGAGGGCGAGAGGGGCUCAGGAGAGACGGCGGAGACCGCUCAAGGGGAAAUGGCGAGGGGUUUCAGGGACAGAGAGAGGGUUUUAAGGGGCAGGAGGGGAGAUUUCGGGGAGAGGAGGAGGGUCCUAGGAGACAGGAAGGGCAUGAGAAGAGAGAGGGCAGGGCAAGUCGUGGACGGGCGCGCAGGCAGGAAAGACAAAGCGAGUUGAGCAGGUUCAGUGGUUAUGGGAGACACGAGAGGGCCGGGCGGUGGGAGGGAGCGGAAAGGGAGGGAGGUGCAGAAGGGGCAAAGAGGGAAGAGAAGGGGGACGGUGGGAGGCGAUGGGGAGCGGUUACGAGGAGUGUUGGGGAAGCAGAGGGAGGGAAUUGGAGGGGGGCGGAGGAGGAGGGAGGAGAGGGAAGUGGAUGGAGCAGGGAGAGGUUUGGGGCAUCUGACGGCGAGGCGUGUGGAACUCAAGGGGCUCCUGCUGUUGGGAAAGCAGCAGGCGGACGAGGGGAGACGGAUGGGGAAGAUUCGAGGGAGAGAGCGUGGGGAGAGAGUGAAGGCGAGGCAAAGGAGCGGAAGCUUGGGGAGAGGGGAGCGGUGGAGGGGGGAGGCGGGAAGGGGUAUAGCGAGAACAGGCAGAGGGAAGGUGGUGACAUUGCAGCAGGCGGAGGAGAAGCAGAUGGGGAGAGCAGCAGAAAGGGAGUGGCGGAAGAGGGGGUACAGCAAGGGGGGGCAGAAGGAGGGGAGGGCGGAGUGAGGGGAGUGGCGGAGGUGGCGAUGCAGCAAGGGGGAGUGGGCGUCACGGGCUGGGAUGACGUGUUCUUUGCUGACGUGGGCGUGACGUGGCAGAGCCUGGGGCUGCAGGGGGAGGUGGAGGAGGCGAUGUGCAGGGCAGGUUUCGAGCGGCCGUCAGCCAUUCAGGCUGGCGCCAUUCCCCAGAUCUUAUCCGGAUCAGACGUGGUGGUGGCUGCUGAAACGGGCAGCGGGAAAACGCAUGCCUACCUGGCACCUGUGCUGAGUCAUGUGCUGACGUGGCGCGAGGAGGAGAGACGGAGGGAGAUGGCAGAGAGGGAAGAGGAGAAGGCGGGUGAGGAGGAGGGGAGUGAGGGGAGGAGUGAGGGAAGGAGUGAGGGGAGGCUGGGAGAGGAGGGAGAGGUGGGAGAGGUGAGGAGGAGGAGGGUGGGAGCACGCAAGUUUGCUCUGGUGCUCUGUCCCAACGCUGCCCUGUGCCGCCAGAUUGCUCUAGUGCUGUGGCCCAAUGCUGCCGUGUGGCCCAAUGCUGCCGUGUGGCCCAAUGCUGCCGUGUGGCCCAAUGCUGCCCUGUGGCCCAAUGCUGCCGUGUGGCCCAAUGCUGCCGUGUGGCCCAAUGCUGCCCUGUGGCCCAAUGCUGCCGUGUGGCCCAAUGCUGCCCUGUGGCCCAAUGCUGCCCUGUGGCCCAAUGCUGCCCUGUGGCCCAAUGCUGCCCUGUGGCCCAAUGCUGCCCUGUGGCCCAAUGCUGCCCUGUGGCCCAAUGCUGCCCUGUGGCCCAAUGCUGCCCUGUGGCCCAAUGCUGCCCUGUGGCCCAAUGCUGCCGUGUGGCCCAAUGCUGCCCUGUGGCCCAAUGCUGCCCUGUGCCGCCAGGCGGGUCAUGGGGAUUGCAUUGUCUCUGCUUUCCUCCAUGCCAACAAUGCCCGCCAUUCCCUGCCAUGCCUCACAUUCGUCCCCAUGCGUCUAUGCCCGCCGCCCGCCACACCACAGGUCAUGGAGAUGGCGUUGUCGCUCCGCACCGCACACAACCGCCCCUUGCUCGCAGUGGAGGCUGUCGUUGGUGGGCAGGCGUGGCCCUCCUCUCCCCCCGACGUGGUGGUGGCGACGCCAGCAGCGCUCUUCAACCAUCUCUUUGCGUUCGACCCGCAGCAGCGCCGCCGCUCCGCGUUCGUGAGGGACGUGGCGCUGGUGGUGGCGGACGAGGCCGACAUGCUGCUGGGCGGGGGGUACGCCCGGAUCGUUGGCCGCCUGCUCGGGCUCUUCCGAUUGGACGAGAAGGAGCGCUCCGAGGCUGCCAGGCUGGCUGGGGGAUCUGGUGUUAGGGAAAGAGAGGAGGAAGGGAGGGAGGAGGAUGAGGAGGUGCAUUGGACCGAGAUGGUUCCAGAGGUAGUUCAGGAACAAGGCGAGGGACGAGCGCACAAGGCUGUUGCUGUUGCUGCUGCCGCUGAUGCCUCGUCUUCAGCUUCUGCUGCUUACCAGGGCAAGAAGAGAGUGGUCGAGGGAGCGGAGGAGGGGGAAGGGUAUGGUGAGGCGGAUAGAGAGUGGAGUGAGGGGGAGGAGGGGGGCAAGCAUGGGGAGGAGAGAGCAGCAGUGGUGGAUGCAGCUGUGCGCCUGGGCGAGAGCGAGCGAGCCGCGGGCAGAGGGGGGAAGGUGGUGGUGAGAGUGCGGGAGAGUGCGAGGGAGGAGGGGAGUAGGAGGGCGAAGUGGGGGAGGAGGAGGAGGGAGUAUGCGCGGAGCAAGCAGUAUGUGUUUGUGGCGGCCACCAUGCCGGUGGGCACCAAGAGGAGCGUGGGGGAGGUGCUGGCCCGCCAGUUCCCUGCCGCCGUGUGGGUCAGCGGUGGCCUGCUGCACCGCCACAACCCCUUCGUACGGCACGACUGGCAUCAGGUGGAUGACAGCUCGAGAGCCGCUGCACUGCUCAGAGCACUGACUGGGCAGACAUAUGAAGGGGUGGAGAGCGGUGAAAAUGGUCCGCCGGGUGCAAAGCAGCAGGACAGCAUCCAACGGACCAUGGUCUUUGCCAAUGACGUGGAAUCGGUGGACGCCAUUGGCCGGCUCCUCCAGCGCCACCUGUCCACCUCUGCUGCUGCUUCGCCAGCAGGAGUAACCGAUGAGGGGGCCACAGGAGGAGCUGCUGACGUGGCAGCAGGGAGAGCUGCUGACGUGGCGUGGUGUGCGGUGUACCACAAGGACGUGCCAUUGGACGAGCGGGAGCGCGCACUGAGAAGGUUCCAAGAAGGAGGGGGCGUGCUGGUGUGCACGGAUGCUGCUUCACGGGGAAUUGAUGUGGAGCAUGUGUCUCAUGUGGUGCAGGCCGAGUUCGCUCUCAACGCUGUGGACUUUCUGCACCGCGUGGGCCGGACUGGCAGGGCGGGCAGGCCCGGGCGCGUCACGAGCCUGUACACAGCUGGCAGCGCGCCGUUGGCUGAGGCCGUGAGGGCAGCAGUGCAGAGGAGGGAGAGCACG